AUGGCCGUCGCUGAUGCCAUCAGAACUACUCUGGGUCCUCGUGGAAUGGACAAACUCAUCGUCGACAACAAAGGCUCAGUCACCAUCUCCAAUGACGGUGCAACAAUCCUCAGAUUGUUGGAUAUCGUACAUCCUGCUGGUAAGGCAUUGGUGGACAUCUCCCGUGCUCAAGAUGCUGAAGUCGGUGAUGGAACAACCAGUGUCACAUUAUUCGCUGCUGAAUUAUUAAAAGAAGUGAAAAACUAUGUUGAAGAAGGUGUUGCCCCUCAAGUCAUCAUCAAGGGCUUCAGACGUGCUUCUACUUUGGCUGUCACUAAAAUCAAGGAACUCGCUGUAACUGUAGAACGAACGAAUGAAGUAGAAUUCCGAGACUUGCUAGAAAAGUGUGCUGCCACAGCAAUGUCAUCCAAGCUGAUCCAUUCACAUAAAGAAUUCUUCACCAAAAUGGUUGUCGAUGCCGUCCUACAUCUAGACCAGGACGAUCUGAAUGAACGCAUGAUUGGUGUAAAGAAAGUGCCUGGUGGUGGUAUGCAGGAUUCCCUCUUUAUCGAUGGUGUUGCAUUCAAAAAGACUUUUGCAUAUGCCGGCUUUGAACAACAACCAAAGAGCUUCAAGGAUCCAUUAAUCUUGUCUUUGAAUGUCGAAUUGGAAUUGAAGGCUGAGAAGGACAAUGCUGAAGUCCGUAUUGAGGAUGUCAAGGAAUACCAAGCUAUUGUUGAUGCUGAAUGGAGCAUUAUUUAUGAAAAGUUGGAAAAGAUUGUAGCCACAGGUGCCAAAGUAGUCUUGUCAAAACUAGCUAUUGGUGAUCUAGCUACUCAAUACUUUGCCGACCGUGACAUCUUUUGUGCUGGACGUGUUCCAUCGGAAGAUUUGAUGCGUGUCAUCAAAGCUGCUGGUGGUUCAACUCAAACGUCUGUAAAUGAUAUUAAACCAGAACACCUUGGUCGAUGUGACUUUUUUGAAGAAAAGCAAAUCGGUGGUGAACGAUACAAUCUCUUCCAGGGCUGUCCUCAUGCCAAGACUUGUACAUUGGUCUUGCGUGGUGGUGCAGAACAAUUCAUUGCCGAAGUGGAAAGAUCUCUCCACGAUGCCAUAAUGAUUGUUCGUCGUGCUAUCAAAAACAAGUCUGUUGUCGCUGGUGGUGGUGCCGCUGAGAUGGAAUUGUCUAAAUAUCUCCGUGACUACUCCCGUACCGUCGAGGGCAAGCAACAAAUGAUAAUUGCUGCUUUUGCUAAAGCUCUAGAAGUCAUUCCACGACAACUCUGUGACAAUGCAGGGUUUGAUGCUACAGAUAUCCUUAACAAGCUUCGUCAAAAGCAUGCUCAAGGUGGAACUUGGUUUGGUGUCGACAUGGCCUCUGAAUCAAUUGCCGACAACUUUUCGACUUUUGUUUGGGAGCCAGCACUUGUCAAGACCAACAUGCUGUCCGCUGCUACAGAAGCUGCAUGUUUGAUCUUGAGUGUUGAUGAAACCAUCAAGAACAAAGAGAGCGAAAAGCCCUCUCAAGGACCACCAAUGAGAGGCCGAGGACGUGGAAGACCCGCAAUGCGAGGAAUGAGGCGUUAA